AUGUCACAGAGGGAGGCCAGAAGGACACCAGCAAUGCCAGGAGUGGGGCAUAGUCGGGCUAAGGCCAAACCUCAGGUGCUGCCAGGCAUUGGCAGGAAGAGGAGCCGCCUGAGCAGAACAAGGCAGGAGGACCUGUGGGAAGAGACAAGCUGGAGCAACCAAAGGUGGAGCAGAGCUGCCCCUAGCCCUCGAGGGGCCAGGGCUAAAAGCCUGACUUGUGGCAGGGGUGAGGCCAGUCCUGAGAAUGCUGCGCGGGAGCGGAGCCGGGUGAGGACACUACGCCAGGCCUUCCUGGACCUGCAGGCCACUCUGCCUGCCGUGCCACCUGACACCAAGCUCUCCAAGCUGGAUGUGCUGGUAUUGGCCACCAGCUACAUAGCCCACCUCACCCACACUCUCGGCCACGAGUUGCCUGGCCCCGCCUGGCCACCCUUCCUGUGUGGACUCCGCUGCUUUCACCCUCUCAAGAAAUGGCCGAUGCGCUUUCGUCUCUAUGCUGGAGGCCUGGGGUGCUCUGGCCUCGACUCCACCACAGCUACCACCUUGGGCCAAAGAAAAAGGGAUGCAAAGGUGGAGCCCCAGGUCUCUGGAGAGGCAGAUGCUCUGCCUCCCACCAGGCCACUGUCUCCAGCUCUUGGUGACAAAUAA